CGGUGUUCGACAAAUGGUACUGCCAACGCGAAUUUGAUUCAAUAAAAUGUAUCUUGCAUACUUCCAGGUGAUUAUUACAGGGUGAUAAAGAAGUAAAAGUAAUAGCAUUUAGCCUAAGUUAGCUGCCACACCUGGCAGUCGUCUGGUUUCUAAACUGGAGAGAGCUAGCUAACGGUAACAGGUCAAGUUUAUCUUCCAAAGAUGUCUUUUCAAGAGUCACCUCGUCCUUCUGAUGAAGAGGAGGCUUUCUACAUGCAGUGCAGAGCUGCGUACCUCGCCGUAUUCAGAUCUAGUUUGACAAAUAUCGCUUCGAAACAGCAGUUAUGUCGUGUUCUCCAGCAAGCAGGAAGAAAUCCAUCCCAUGCUACUCUCAAUAAAUACUGGACCCCACGAACAUCUAAACUGAACUUUGAUGACUUCUGUGAGAUUCUCAAGUGUGAGAAGAAAACUGAGGAAACUGAGCUGAUGAGAGCUUUCAAAAAGAUGGAUGUGAACAGUGAUGGCUACAUCACACACAGUGAACUGGAGAAGGCCCUUACUACUAGAGGAGACAAAAUGACCACUGAAGAAGUGAAUACCAUUUUCUCAUUAGCUGACAUUAACAAGGAUGGCAAACUGGACUAUUCAGAAUUCUGCAGAUUGCUUGUGUCUACGGCAGAACAAUGUCAGAUAGCUGCUUUGGAGAGGCUUGAGGCUGAUGCCAAGCUGAAGAGGCAGAACUUUGGCAGCCAGUCAUACAGCCCUCCAAAGAGCUCCAUGUCAUCAGCAUCAUUAUCAUCAGCAGUACAAGUGGCAGCAACUCACCCUCAGCCUCCAGAAACAUCAGACGAGACACUCAAGAAAGACAGCCGGUCGUCCUCUCGUCCUUCCUCUGCUCGCAGCAGACGGUCAUCUCUGUCAAACUCAAUCACUAUGACAUCCAGCAGCACUAAGGCCAGCAAGAUACCAGAACCUUCAGGCUUCCAGGAGUGGCAUCACAGUAAAAUGAAAGGAUGUUUCUUCUUGGAGGAUGAUGGGAGUAUCAGCUCUCUGCAGUACCAGCUCCAUGUCCCCCAGACAACCAACAUCUACCUAACCAUCCAACCAUUCAGCCUCAGCCUCAGACCUGACAAGUGUUCAUCCUGGAUGACAGUGGAUACAGCUCUUUUUAUCAUGUCAGCUGGAGAAACCAAAGAAGACUCAACCUUAGUGCAUUUCACUGAGUCAAAAGACAAAGAGACAUAUGUUUGGAAAGGGGAACUAAAUGCUGGGACCUACUACCUGCUUCCCUUCACCAGUGGCUGCAGACUAAAGAAAAGGAGCAAAAAGAGUCUUUCUAAUAAACCUGUGGACCUUGUCUACAGGACUGACACUGGAGAACUAGACCUCACCAGGGACCUCAGGGAGGCGCUGUCUGACAUCUUUGAGGUUAUAGACAUGGAUGGAAAUGGUUUGCUCAGUCUGGAAGAGUACAAUUUCUUCGAGCUGAGGACCAGUGGAGAAAAAUGUGACAAGGAUGCCUGGGCGGUCUGCAAAGAAAAUUUCGAUAUGAGAAAGAACCAGCUGACACGACAGGGCUUCAUGGAAUUGAACCUGAUGGAGGCCACAGAGAAAGAUGGAGACCCUGCAGACCUGUGGGUCACCCUGGAGGCCAUGGGCUACAACCGCAUGCUGGAGCUAGUUGAGGCUUGUCCAUUCCAGAUAGAUGUACACUGUGAAGGCACUCAACUGUCAAUCCAGCCACUCAGUAUGGACUCAGGGCCCAAGCUUCUGAACCAGGCCCUCCAGAAGUCCAUCACAGCCAGGACAGGGGCCAAAGCACUGAGGGGACAAGACAAUGUUUUCAUCUACACCUACCGAGGAGAGCACAGGAUCACUUCCCUCAUAGCCAACAAGACCAACCAGAGAGUGACUGUUCACGUAAACAAUGAGCAGAGCAGGAACUGCAGCAGCAGUAGAGGCAUGAGUGUGUUUGCUGUAGAGGUGCCAGCCCGGACCAAGAUGGUGUGCCAACAUGUGCUGCCCAUCAAUGAGAAACAGGACUGGACCUAUAAUUGUGUGGAGACCAUACUAACCUGCACAUAAAGGUGUACUGCUAUGAAAGACUCAAAGCUUACCUGGGCUAUCGCUACAGAAAAGUGAUGGGCAAAAACUGGUGACCGGUGGUUUGAAACUAGAUACUUAAUGAAUAGAAAUUGUUCUAUAACCACUGGCAAUAUGAAGAACAUUCUUACUGUUUGGACCAAAUGAUUGUUAUGUUUAAUUUUACUCUAACUAACAUGAUCCAAAAGGAAUAUUGCUGAAUCAUUUCAACUUUUAUAAACCCUUUGUUCAAGUCUUAGCUGUGUGUUGUGUGGAGCUUCUUAUGUCAGACUGCAACACCAGGAUCUGAGACCCUCUGCCUGCCUAUGGAGAGCAGCUUGAUCACACCCACCUGCAGCUCAGAGGUUCUAUGCAUCAGAGGUGUUAAGCACUGAUGGCAGAGGUGGUCACAGUACUCAUAAGGUACAGUAGAUAAUGGUUAUUACUGCUUUUGUUGUGGCUUUGUAUUUGUGAUGUUUUUGGUCAAUGUAGAGAAUUUCAAAAUGCCCUUAACAUUAACACUUUAAAUACACAAGUAGAGAUCAAAGGUUAUCAUUUAAAAUCAAGGCUAUUGCCAUGAUGAACUUAAUCAUUUUCAAGAAAAAAGACUUCUCUGAAGUCUUCUCAUGUGUCUGGAUCUGUACUGUUCCUUUGUUAUAUACUGUACUAUAUAUUUAUUAUGAUUAUUUUUUAAAUUUAAAUGGGCCAUGUCAGAGAUUUUCCAGGUAGUUUUAGAUUCAUUUAUACAUCACAACUUUGGUUCAUGAACAAUGUCCUGAAAUCACAGUUAAAUGAUUUGUCACACUGUUUGUUGUAUAAUCAGAAAGGCCAAAACAAAGGUGCUAACUUUUUAUUUUCCUGUGCUUUUAUAUAUUUUA